CUUGCCUCGGCCGCCGCCGCCGCCGGCCGUGUCGAUUCAUCUGCUGGCUGCGGCGAGUCCCUCGUAUCUCACCGCCGACGCCGACGCCGACGCCGUCGCCGUCCUCUCCCCUAUCGCCUCGCGCGCUCCCCGCCGCCCCUUCGGCCUCCAUCUGCUGCCUCGCGGCGUUGCCUCCCGAUGGCGUUCCGAGGCCGUGGAAGAGGGGGCCGCGGGAGAGGUGGGGGCUUCGGGUACGACCACCCGGCCAAGCACACGCCGCACGAGGACUUCCCGGACAUCACCCUGCCAGAGAUGACGUGCGCCAAGGCGAGCAAAGAGGAGAAGGCGCUGAUUGUGUCCACCUUGAAACUCGAGGAGUUCUGGAAGAGUUCUUGCUACUACCUGGAGGAGGAUGCUCCCAAGAAAAAGAAUGAAGACAAAGAGAUUGAAAGAUUUUCUGAUAGGAAACGGAAGACAAGCAAACGUGAGGGUCUUAAGUUGUAUCUCAAACUGACUCCUUCAAAUUUCCCUGCUGAACUGGUGCAAGGAUCUAGAAGAGGGCAAGCAAGCAACAAGAAACUCCGAUGGGAUAAGGAUUCAGAUGAGCAGGCAUUUGAAGUAUUUGAGAAGCUUGAACAAAAGCACAAGGAUGGAAGCAAGGUGGAGAAGGAAGGUGAGGAUGAGGAUGAGCAGGAAGAGGAAGAAGUACAAGAGGAGGAGGAAAAUUCAGACGAUGACUAUAAUCAAAAUAUCGAGUUUGAUGACGACGAUGAUGACUGGAACCAAGAGGAAGAAGCACAGGAAGACUUCUACGAUUAAGUGUGGAUGGGCAGAUUUUACUCCCUUUUUUCCUCCCCUUUUCACUUGUAACUUCACCCAGCAAAAUUAUUAGAGAGCAAUCUUUGUUCUGGUCUUCUUGUCACGAUGGUCACGUGCUUUGUUGGAAACGAAGGAAUGUAACAGCAGUGAAAUAAGAAUUUAGAGAGAGAGAGUUUAAGGAAGACUCUUAGAGACAGGCAGAGAGCAUCUCCAACAGUUUGGUAAAACAUAUGACAAGUGAGAUUUUCUUCUGUCUCCAACAAUUUGCCAAUUGGGCUUGAUAAAUUUAAAUCAACUAAUCUGCUGGAUAACAA